AGUUGCCGUGAGUUCAGGGAUGAAGCGUUUUACAUAUUUUUUACAAGCUUUCUUUGCUCGACACUAGUCCUCUGUGACCUCCAUAUUUGGUUGCUCAUCAUCUCCACAUGUGUCUUCACUUCUCUCUCUCUUUCUCUAUUUUAGUGUUAUAAGUAUUACCAAGUUGACCCACGUUAAGCAUCAGCCAAGUUUUCUAAGUAUGGAGAAAGAAAAUGGUCCUGGGAAGCAAGAACAAACAGUGAUUGAGUUGGGAAACAUGGAGAAAGAGGCUCAGUUUUAUGUCAACUCACUCUCCUCCCGUGAAAUGGACUCUCUUACUGCUAUUUGUGACACCUUCUUGCCCUCCAUCACUGUCUCCGCCGCCAACGACGAUGUUGCCACUUUCUUUCAGGCCUCAGCUUCCAUGGCUGGUACCCCGGCACGUCUUGGAGGGCUGAUAUGCCAGAGGCUGAAACACCCAAAGAAGUGGUUGGUGAGAGUGUCACUUUGGUUACUAUCUACUUGCAUCGGAACCUUGAUACUUUGCGGACGAUUCUGCCUUUCAAGCGAGUUUCCAUAUAUUCAUAGAUUCUCUCAGCUGUCUCAACAUCAAAGGGAAGCUAUAUUGCUUUCUUGGUCUCUCAGUUAUUUCCAUCUCCUCCGAAUGCUCUUCAAGGCCAUCAAGCUUCUCACUCUGUUUGUCUUCUUCACUCAGGUGGAUGAGAAGAAUGAGAACUUGUCAUGGAAAGCAAUUGGCUACAAUGGACCAGAUCCUAAGUUCAAGGCGCAAACCAGGCAAUGCAAAACAUUGAAACAAGCCAUGUAUGAGAACUCAGAAGGAGAAGAAGAGAGCAGAGAAAAUGUUAAUGAAGAAGAGCUUUAUGGACCUCUUUACAAAGGCCUCAUAACUAUGCAACUUCCACGAGACAUAGUUGCUAGCCGUUUGAGGCAAGCAGGGUUCCCUGUCUCUAUUAGGCACAAGCAAGUUAAUGCGGUAAGCAGUAUAAGAAAUCCUUCUUUAGUAGUUAUAUGUGAUGCAGUGGUGGUUGGUUCAGGCUCAGGUGGUGGUGUCAUUGCUGGUGUCCUUGCAAAGGCUGGUUAUAAAGUGCUUGUUUUGGAGAAAGGAAGCUAUUGUGCUCGAACCAACCUUUCGCUUCUUGAAGGUCCUACGUUGGAUCAAAUGUACUUGAAUGGUGGUUUGUUUGCAACUGACGAUAUGGGAAUGGUGCUACUUGCAGGCUCUACUGUUGGUGGAGGCUCCACAAUCAAUUGGUCAGCUUCAAUUCAGACUCCGCAACAUGUGGUUAAUGAGUGGUCACAAGAGCUUGAGCUUGAGCUUUUUGAUAGUAAAUUGUACAGGGAGGCAAUGGAUGUAGUGUCUGAGAAAAUGGAAGUUCAAUCUGACAUUCUUGAAGAAGGAUUCAAUAAUGCUGUUUUAAGAAGAGGAUGUGAAGAAUUGGGGUAUCCGGUCAAGAAUAUACCACGAAAUGCACCAGCAGAUCACUAUUGCGGUUGGUGUUGUCUUGGCUGCAAGGAUGGAAGAAAGAAGGGUACAUCAGAGACAUGGCUGUUGGACCUGGUGAAUUCAGGUACCAGUGCAAUUCUUCCUGGAUGUGAGGCAAUAAAAGUUCUACACAGCACAAAAAGAGGACGAGAUUGCGGCAUUGCUACUGGAGUUGCUUUUGAAUUUGAAUACAAAGGAGUAAAAGACAUCUGCAUAGUUGAAUCUAAAGUGACUAUUGUGGCAGGUGGUGCUUUAAGCACCCCAACUCUGUUAAAAAGAAGUGGCUUAAAGAAUGCUAAUAUUGGAAAAAACCUGCACCUCCAUCCUGUAACAAUGGCAUGGGGCUACUUUCCGGAUACACCUUCUAAUGAAUGGCCAGAGAAAGAGAAGAAGAGCUAUGAAGGAGGAAUAAUGACAGCUAUGUCUAGUGUUGUUGCAAAUUUUGACAAGUCAGGAUAUGGAGCACUGAUUCAAACACCUUCAUUACACCCUGGAAUGUUUUCAAGUUUGAUGCCAUGGGUUUCGGGCACAGACAUUAAAAUGCGGAUGUGCAAAUUCUCCAGGACAGCCCAUUUGAUUGCGUUGGUGAGGGACAAAGGAUCAGGCACUGUGAAUUCAUCAAGCUCAAUAAGUUAUCAAAUGGAAGCUACAGAUGAAGAGAAUCUGCAGAGAGGGCUAGAGAAAAUGCUAAGGAUAUUGGCUGCAGCAGGAGCAGAAGAAAUAGGAACACAUCAUGCCAAGGGGAGGAAACUAAAUGUGAAGCAAGUGAGUGCACAUGAGUUUGAAAGGUUUGUGAAAGAAGAGAGUUCGAGACCAUUGAGAGGCUUAUCGAUGCCGCUGUGUUCAGCUCAUCAGAUGGGCAGUUGCAGGAUGGGAAUUGAUCCGAAAACAUCAGUAGUGAACCAAAUGGGGGAGACUUGGGAAGUUGAAGGACUUUACCUGGCAGAUACAAGUGUAUUUCCAACUGCACUAGGUGUGAAUCCUAUGAUCACUGUGCAGGCAAUUGCUUACUGCACUGCACAAUCUGUUCUUCAAAUUCUGAAGAGGAAAAAGUGUAUGUAUUAACCAUAACUAAACCAGCCAUGUUUAUCUUCUUCAUGUAAUAAAUGUCAAACAUCAUCAGGUUUGCUCGAGUGUUCUCUACAAGCAAUACAACAAGAAUAAAUUCAACUUAA